AUGGUUUCCGCCGGCGCGCAGGUGGGCUUGCUAGCGGCGUGCGUGGUGCUCUUCGUCCCCAUGGGCCUCGCCGGGUGGCACCUCAGCCGCAACAAGGUGCUCUUCUUCUCCGGCGCGCUCUUCGUCUCCCUCGCCGUCGGGGUCCACCUCUCCCCCUACCUCCCCUCGCUGCCCCACCUCCUCAUCUCCUCCUUCCACCCGCUCCACCCCGCCUCCCCCUCCUCCUCCUCCGCCUCCUGCCUCUCCCUCCUCCACCGCGUCACCUGGUCCCCCGCCUCCCCCGCCACCGCCCGCGCCUGGUCGUGGCCGCCCUCGCUCGCCUCCACCUGCGGCUUCGCGCGCCUGACGCGCCACGACGCGUCCACCCUGCUCAACGGCUCCUGGGUCAUGAUCGCGGGGGACUCGCAGGCGCGGCUGCUCGUGCUCGCGCUGCUGCGCCUGCUGCUCGACCCGGCCGCCGCGGCCGCCGCCGAGCCGGACCUCUUCCGCCGCCACAGCGACUACCAUGCCGCCGUCCCCGCGCGCGGCAUCUCCGUCGACUUCAUCUGGGCGCCCUUCGAGGCCAACCUCACGCGCCUGCUCCGCGAGGACCUCCGCCUCGCGCCCCGCGCCCCCGACGUGCUCGUGCUCGGCUCCGGCCUCUGGCACAUGCUCCACGUCACCGACGCCGCGCAGUACGGCGACGCGCUCGCGUCCAUCGCCGACGCCGCCAACUCCCUCCGCUCCUCGCUGCCCGUGCCGCCGCCGCCGCACAUGUUCUGGCUCGGCCUGCCGCACCUCGUCAACCCGAUGCUCAACACCGAGGCCAAGCGAGCGCGCAUGAACGACACCAUCCUCCAAGCUUACGACCGUGAGGUGGACGAGAGGUGCAUCUUGCGCCGCGACGGUGGCCCGUUCCGGCUGCUCGACGUGGGAAAACUCACCCGGGGAUGUGAAUGCACGCCUGACGGGAUGCACUAUGACGGCGUGGUGUACGAUGCUGUCAUGCAUAUCAUGUUCAAUGCGCUAUUGAUUGAAUCGCAGCAAAGGAUCUGAGUGCUGGUAGGGGUCCUUGAAGCAGGUGUGCUCCCAACCCCCUCUUCUUUUGGAUCAUCACCAUACGCGGUGUUAACUAGAAUGUGUUGUGAAAUACUAGGAAGGUUCUUUUCAUUGCUUCAACAUUUUGGUUGCGUGCCAGAGGUCGCCAUUGGAUGGCUCGACAUUAGAGUGUAAUAUAGGGACAUCUUAGAACCAUACCCUUUUUGGCUGAAUGAAUGGCAAACUGAAAUGAUGUAUUGUAUACCUUUUCUCUCUGGUAAUAACUAUAAGAUGGUGACUGACA